AUGCCGCCGAAGAAGAGGUCCGGAGAGGGAAAACAGGUGGAAAGCAAAGCGCAGACGGGCAAGGAUCGAGGAGCUACCUCAGGUCGCACGUCCGAACAGAAAAUCUCAUCCUCUCCCGGCGAGAACACCACCUCCGGCCGUGGCAAACGCGCACGAGCCAACGCCGAUACCUCGGAGGCGACCGAAGCCCUUACCCCUCUUCCCCUUCAACACAGCCUGCCCGGGAUCCUCGACACCUCCGCCUUCCCUCACAUCUUUGAGCUCAUCAUCGACAGCUCUUCACCCGCUGCUCUCGCCCUACUUUUGCGGUGUUCAAAACAGACCUUCGAACUCGCCGCCAAGCGGCUGUACCGCGAUCUGCAGGUUACACCCCAACAGUUUGCGUCUAUCCUCGACGUGGUCAAGUCCAAAUCGGGCCGUCUAGUGGCGUUCGGUCAGCUAGGGCGGUGCGCCCCGGGUAGGAUUCGCCAAGCUCUUAGCUGCGUCCGAAGCAUUCGCUUCUCAACCAGGACUCACGGGUACGGUCUUGCAACAAUUCCCAGCGGCUGCCUAGACCUUCUUCACACCGUAUCACUCACCUCGGAGGCCUCCACCUACGCCGCCUUGGACCGGAUAUUCAACACCUGUCGAUCCCUGCGCCAGGUGCUGGUACGCUUUCCUCGGUCCGAUCUCGGCAGCAUGGUUGCCGACUUAGGAUACGGCAACAGAUCGUUGAAGAGUGCCACAGCGCUCAUGCCCAUCUCGUGGUCUAUGACCGACUCCUCCAACGUCAAGUUUUAUUCCGGGGCCACCGUCAUGUCGGUUCUCCGCGUGUUCCUACCACGACUGUCGGCGGCCGGGACGCUUCUGCCUUGUCUAUCCUCGACGGCAUGGGAUCGGCACUUCGAUACCGUGCUUGACAUCCCAGCAAUCUCGGUCUGUAUCGUCGGCGCGGAAUAUUACGGAUACAGCGCAAACGAUCUUGCUGCCCGCAUCGAGGGGUACCGCUCUCGCCGGCCGCGCUACGUCGAGGGGUCCCUGUCGUUCAAGACAUUCAUCGAGUGGCUGGAGGAACAGGAGCCUGGGGUGGUCUUCACGGCGGAGGAGGAGCUGGAGCUGAGGGAGGCGGAUCGGGUGCUUCUGGAGAGCGCUGCGGCCUUGCGGCAAAGACUAUGCCGGCUACAAGGGGCUCGCAGAAGAAGACGAAAGUGGCGGGCAAGGGACAGAAAGGAAACGGAGAAUAGGGGUGCCGCUGCACGCGUGGGUAUCUCACCUGCAGGAUACUUCACUGAAGAGACAGAGUACGACCAAGAAUCCCGCUAUUCCGCUAUCGCAACCCCCAUUACUCCUGCUUCCAAGCGCACACGAGCGGAAUUCACCCCUACCACCCUCGAAACCGAUACCCCUUCUUCAAUCCGUCAUACACCUCCCGGCACCCUCAACGCUUCCUCAUAUCUCCACAUCUUCGAGCUCAUCAUCGACUGCUCUUCCCCUCCCGCUCUCGCCCUACUCCUUCGGUGCUCAAAAUCCACGUUCGAGUUCGCAGCCACUCGACUAUACCGGAAUCUACGGGUAUCCAAGCCGAAAUUUUUGGAUAUGCUCGAAACAUGCUGGCCAAGGUCCAAUCGCCUGACAGCAUCUGGGAGAGGGUCGCUGGGGCGGUCGAGCGCGACCAUGCGACAAGCUCUGGGUCAUGUACGGACCCUUUGCUAUACGGAUGAGACGCACGCGUACUCCUGCUCCCAACCCGCAAUUCCGCCCGGAUGUCUCGAUCGCACGCACACUAUGAUUGCCAACUCUUCGCAUCCCGGCCUCAUGUGGUUUGCGUUCAAUGGCCCAGACAUCCUUCACACGCAUCGGAACAUCACCCACGUCUUCGUUCGGAUGUUGCGCAGUGCAUCAUCUGCGUGGCCGGCGCAACUCAGUCUCGACCACCGUCCGACCUCGGUCACAGAUUUGACACUCCUUCUCCCACUUCCGGCCUUUCUCGACGUUCCCUUAUUCUCCCCCCUCAGCGAGUCCUUGAGCGUCAAGCUCAAGCUUUUCACUCACGUCCUAUUACCAACAUUUCCGUCCGGAAAGGCGCCAGCUACAGUUCUCGGCUCGUCCGCUACGACAGGGGUCUGGAACCGAAUCGUGACACAGAUACUUAUUCCACGGCCGAGAUAUGCCGUCCGCAUUGUCGGCGCCGAAUACUACGGCUACACCGCUGCGGACCUGGCGGACCGUCUCCCCAUUUACCGCGCUCGACGGCUGGAUUUUGCCGCCGGGGCUCCUCUUAUCUUCCAAACCUUCCGAGAAUGGCUGGACGAGCAGGAGCACGGCGUGGUUUUCAGCGCGCAGGAGGAGCUGGAGCUCAGGAAGGCGGACAAGGCGCUGGUAGCCCGGGCGUUUACGGAGUCCGAGGACGAUCGAUACGGACUGGCUGGGACAUGGAACAAGAUGCAACAUUGA